AUGGCAUACCGUGGCCAGGGCCCAAAAGUGCGGAAGGUGAUGGUGCAGCCCAUUAACUUCAUCUUCAGGUCCUUACAAAACAGAUCUCGGAUUCAGGAGUGGCUUUCUGAGCAAGUGAAUGUGUGGAUAGAGGGCUGUGUCAUUGGUUUUGAUGAGUGCAUGAACUUCAUAUUAGAUGAUGCAGAAAAGAUUCAUUCUAAAACAGAGUCAAGAAAACAACCAGGUCAAAACAUGCUGAAAGGAGGUAAUAGUGCUCUGCUCCAAAGUGUCUCCCCUGGAAGCGACUAG